AUGGUUCAUUCGAUCAGUUAUGAAUUUGAAGAUCAAACAGAUAGACCAAUAUGCCAGCGAUGUUCAAAGUCAUUUAAGUCCCACCUUACACUGAAGCAUCAUACUGAAGUCUGUUCUAAUCGUAAUUCGGAGCCAAGAUUCUGCUGUGAGGUAUGUCGAAAGAAAUUUAGGACUGAUAUUCAGUACACCCGUCACAUCUAUUACACUCAUUCACAACGUACAUUUCUGUGUAAAGAAAAAAGUUGUGGUAGAGCAUUCUUAUCAAACUCGCAUCUUAUAGCUCACAUGACAACACAUACGUCUGAUAGACCAUAUUCCUGUCCAGUACAAGGAUGUUCGUAUCAAGCCCGUACAGUCGGUCGACUCGCACAACACAAAAUUAUUCACGGUCAAGGUCGUCGUUUUUCCUGUGAUUAUUGUGAAUACAGCGCUACCACAUCUUCUAAUCUUCGUCGUCAUGCUCGUAUACACGCUGGGGCCAGGCCAUACUUAUGCCCUCAUUGUCCUCACCGUACUAGCGAACUAGAUGCUCUAAAAAAACAUGUUCUAGACUCUGGUAGGCAUCCGGGUCUACCACUUUAUGUGUGUCCGUGGUGUCGAUCGGAGUCCAGCACAGUCUGCGUUGGUUUUAAUGCUUCAAGUCUCGCAUGGCGACAUCUGCUCAGCGAGCAUUCAAGUGAGAUUAUGAAACCAGAAACACUGAGUCGAAUCGGUCGAGUAUCCGAAAAAUCGCUUUCAGAGCGUGAUGUCACUCGUCUUUUGGGUAUAUAUUGUCCGGAAAUCGACUCAACCCAACCACCAGAGAACACUGCUGUUAGGCAGCCAUCUGUUUCUAGUCGCCGUAAAAACCAAAAGGUAGAAACUCUUGGUAGACCCUAUCUUUCUGGAGAAAACGAAUUAACGAUUAUAGAAACCAAAGAGUCAAAUUCAUCAGAAAAUAUAAAUCCCGUUGAGGAGGAUAAGAUUAGAUCUUCCCCAAUCCCUAUAAACUAUCAGAAAAACGACGCUAAUGAUGAUCUAUCUUUUUACAAUCUUAUCCAAAUUGGUUCAGGGGCGAUUUGGUCACGUAAUACGGCACAGUAUACUGUAAAUAAUUUAUGA